AUGAGAUCCUUCAUCACUGCAGUCAGAGAGGCCGGGAGGGAGAACGAAGGCGAAUGUUCCACACAUCUCUACUUCGGUGUCUACCUCUGGUCCAAGAACCUAGACCACUUUGGCAAGAACAUAGCCGAUGACGGUUAUGCUUCUGGCAAAGGCGCGCUCCAGCGGGUUUGGGACAGUGCGGUGGCAGCACGCAUUGCUCGUUUGAAGGCCUGGGAUGAUGUCGUUAUGGCGUGGGAGAGACACAGAGGGGAAGUGGAAAUUUCCACCCUGGAUUGA